AUGCCCUCCUCGAGACCGGACAGUCGAAAAACGCCCCAACUAGGCAGUGAUGACCUGGUCCCCUUCGACCAUGUCGCUGCAGGACACGAUGGUGUCCGAUGCACCCUCUCCGGCUCCCUGAUCGCAAAACCCUGUACCCGCCAAGAGGUCGAGUUCUACGAAUCCAGCGCGCUGCACCCGGGUUUCCAGGAGUUCAUGCCCCUCUUCAUAGGCUCGCUUUCGUCCGCCGAGAAAAAACAACCAAUGGCGAUUGCUGCCGCACAGCAAUCCGGCGCGGUGUUUCUCCCAGCCCUGGAAAAUGCGCCAACGAAGGCGCUGGCGGCGGCCGAUUCGGUCUCCAACGCGGCCGCUGCGUCCUUGGAUCAGACGGCUGCAACGGCUGCAGCUGUGAUAGAGCAGACGUGGGUGCCUUCUGAAGGCAAGAAAUUGGAUACGGGAUUGUCGGUUGUUCUAGAGAACGUCGCCUGUGGCUUUCGACGACCGAACGUGCUGGAUGUGAAGCUUGGAGCGCGGCUCUGGGCCGACGAUGCUCCACCCGCGAAGCGCAAUAAACUAGACGCAGUGUCCAAGGAAACGACAAGUUCGAGUCUAGGCUUUCGCAUUGCGGGCAUGAAAGUCUGGACGGGGAAGAAUGGUGAAGCCGACGAAGGCGCCUUGACAGACCCUUAUGCUACUAAAUACGAAGGCAAGGAGGGCGCCAAAGGUGAAGUCAUUGAGAAAGAUGGGUAUCGACGCUACGACAAAUGGUACGGCCGUUCUUUCACCGAGAAUAACGUCAGGCAGGGGUUUGAAGCCUUUCUCGCGGGUGCUAAAACGGGCAUAAUUGAUCGCUCCAAAAUGAUUGCGGGGCGACUCGCAGAAGAGCUACGGAAUGUACAGCAGGUGCUCGAGUCUGAAGAGAGUCGCAUGUACUCAUCAAGUGUUCUGGUGGUCUACGAAGGAGAUCCGGAGGCGAUGGAGCACGCCCUGGUAGAAGAGAAAAAGCAUCCCCAAAUAGGAAGUGAGGAGGCAGGAGAGGACGAAGAUGACGAAGAAGUGGACUUUGAAAUUUCUGAAGAAGCUCUGGAACUAGUUGAUGUGCAUCUCGGGGACGGCAUGCCUCAAAAAGCUAUCAAUAUCAGCCUGGCGCCCUCGGCAACCCAGAUCCCAGACCUGGGCGAUGACGAUGAUGAAGAGGAGACACCGAAAGUUCAUGACCUACGGAUCAUUGAUUUCGCUCACGCCAAAUGGACCCCCGGAGAAGGAUCCGAUGAGAACAUGUUGAAAGGGAUCCGCAGCUUGAUCCAGGUCUUCGAGCAAUUAGCAGAGUGA